GGCACUAAAUGAAGCUUAUAUCCCAUGGAAAACGUUAAACUAAGAUGGCCGCUUUCUAGAUUAUUUAUAUUAUCUAUGCUUUCUAGUGGCGUUCUUGUAGAAUCGUCGCUUCGCCGCUAUCCGACUAUCCUUCGCCAUGGCGGACGUCUUGGACAUUGAUAACGCUGAGGAAUUCGAAGUCGAUGAUGAAGGAGAUCAGGGUAUUGCUCGUCUUAAGGAGAAGGCAAAGAGAAGAAAAGGUAGAGGCCAUGGUGCAGAAUUAGUAUCAACAAGAGAUGACGUUGGCCAUUAUGAGUCCAUGAAUAUUGUCGAGGAAGAUGAUAACGAGCCUGGACCUCAAAGAUCUGUGGAAGGAUGGAUUUUAUUCAUAAAUUCAGUGCAUGAAGAAGCACAAGAGGAUGAUAUUCAGGAUAAAUUCUCUGAAUUUGGUCAAAUUAAAAACUUGCAUUUAAAUUUGGAUAGAAGAACAGGAUUUUUGAAGGGUUAUGCACUGGUGGAAUACGAAACAUUUAAGGAAGCACAAGCUGCAAAAGAGGCUCUGAAUGGUACAGAGAUCUUAGGUCAGGCUAUUUCUGUUGAUUGGUGUUUCGUGAAAGGGCCCAAAAAGUAAAAUCAGAAAGAGAAGUCACAGGAGGCGAUGAGCAUAUCUUAUGUAAAAUAUGUAUCCAUUAAGCUUUAAAAAACUUCAUACAAACAUUAAUCAAUAAAUAAAAAAAAAAUAUAUAUAUAUAUAAAAUCAAUCAUAUAUAAGAAAAUGUUUCAAAAUAAGACAAAUUAAUAUUUCGUACAAAUAUUUUACUUCCAUUUUUUUUCAUUUCUUCUAAAAAAAUUUUUGUUUAGUUUCAUAUAUUGUUAAAUAUUACGAAUUUCUAUAAAGCAUAUAUAGAGACAUUUAAAUGCUAAAUUAAUCAUUAAAAUUUUAUUUUUAUAAUGGUGUAUUAUGUAAUAUUCAAUAAAAAUUCCAAUUGA